AUGACGAGACCACGAGGUUCCUCUGGUGCCAGUGACGAUAGCACGGUGGCACGGGAAAAUCCUGCUUAUUGCAUCGCUUCGUCAAAAACGAGUGGCGCGUUUUGUCGUCGCAAACAAUUGGCGUCGAGUUCGCGAGCAAGAUUAUCAAGGUCGGAACGGGAGCGCGGAGGAAGCGAAUCAAGCUCCAAGUACGAUGAUAACUCUCCUCAAAUCCCGUCUCGUCUGCCAGUGUACACACUGACCAACUUCACUCAGCUAUGGGAUACUGCCGGCACGGAACGGUUUCGAUCAGUUUCAAGAUCAUAUUAUCGCGGAGCGGCUGGUGCCAUCCUGGUCUACGACAUUACAUCACAUGCAUCCUUCCGGGGUGUUCAACCCUUUCUCAACGAUGCGCGGGCGCUUGCAUCACCAAAUUUGAGUCUGAUACUUGUUGGAAACAAACUUGACCUUGCUUCAGAGUCAUUGAUCGAUGCGAGCUUGCCACCACCAACACCCAGCAGUGUUGGUUCGACCUCUACCAUAACGGCCGGAGGUGCGAGCUCACUCUCAAUAUCUACCACGAGCACAACCGGAACAAUCACGGGAAGGGACUUCUACGGCAGCUCCAUGAGCGCUGGCACACAGCAACGGGCAACGAUUGCGCCUGACGGACGGGAAAUUAGCACCUCGGAAGCAACUCGAUGGGCGAGCACUGCUGGGAUCCCUGUAGUCACAGAGGUCAGUGCGUUAAAUGGAGAGGGUGUAGACGAAGUGUUUGCCCGCCUCGCGCGAAUGAUAUUAACCAAGAUCGAGCUGGGGGACAUCGACCCCGACGAUCCCAUGAGCGGCAUACAAUACGGCGAUGGCGGGGGAGAGGUGGGGCAUGCUGCUGAUUGGAGAGACGUAUGUGUGGUCGGCUGUGAGAAGCAAGAAAUGCCUGGCCAGUGA